AUGUACGACCGCUAUCAAGCGCUCACAAAGCACCUCGUCACAUGCGCCCUUGGCUUUCGAAAUGCUUACGACGACGACAUGUUGCCACGUCAUCACGCAAGCGAGGGGUUUGCCAUUGGCGCUGCCGUUGGCCAGCAUCGACCACUGUCGUGGGCUAUCCGAGUCGAAGAUGACAUUCGACUGGACGCACUGGAGAACGUCGACCUUCGCAGGUGCCGGGACGUUGCAGUGACGCUGUUUUCGCGCCACCCGAUCGCGCUUGUCCACGCUGCGGCUUAUGGCGGUCACGCGACGCUCCUCACCAAGACGUACUUGUUGGACCACUCGGCCGGUCGCGGGUACCUUGACGUGGCCAUGCUCCUGACAAACGCUGACAAUAAGUAUUGCACGACGGUCGCCAUGGAUGGUGCAAUUGCUCAUGGCCACUUCAAGUCAAGCCGCCGCAAGUCGCCGCAGCAUGCUGCGAUCCUCGAUUUUCUUGUGCACGAGCGCGGGAUUCGCUUUUCGGAGAAGCCAUUUGCCUUGGCAGCGGCCUUUGGGGACAUGCGGAUGGUGCUAGCAUGCCGUGUUGAUGGUGUCGCGUGUACGACCACGGCGAUGGACGCCGCUGCGCGCAACUGCCAGCUCGAGGUGCUUGCGUUUCAGCAAUCGCACCACCCAGAGGACUGCUCGGAUGCAGCUUUCAAUGACGCGGCGGCGCGCGGGGAUCUCUCGACGGUUCUGUUUUUGCAAGCGCACUACUCAACUGUCGGGAAUCUCGUGGACGCUCUGACUGCGGCGGCGCGGCGAGGGCGCCUCGAGGUUGUCGCCCAUGGAUGCCGCGGUGCGUCAAAGACACUUUGA